AUGGACUCGGGAGGUGGACUCGGGAGGUGGACUCGGGAGCUGGACUCGGGAGCUGGACUCGGGAGCUGGACUUGGGAGGUGGACUCGGGAGAUGGACUCGGGAGGUGGACUCGGGAGGUGGACUCUGGAGCUGGACUCGGGAGCUGGACUCGGGAGCUGGACUCGGGAGCUGGACUCGGGAGCUGGACUCGGGAGCUGAACUCGGGAGCUGGACUCGGGAGCUGGACCAGGGAGCUGGACUCGGGAGCUGGACUCGGGAGCUGGACCAGGGAGCUGGACUCGGGAGCUGGACUCGGGAGCUGGACUCGGGAGCUGGACUCGGGAGCUGGACCAGGGAGCUGGACUCGGGAGCUGGACUCGGGAGAUGGACUCGGGAGGUGGACUCGGAAACUGGACUCGGGAGCUGGACUCGGGAGCUGGACUCGGGAGGUGGACUCGGGAGGUGGACUCGGGAGCUGGACUCGGGAGCUGGACUCGGGAGGUGGACUCGGGAGGUGGACUCGGGAGGUGGACUUGGGACCUGGCUGCGCGCUGUGA